AAAAAUGCUGAGCUUCCUGCGUAGAACUCUUGGGCGCAGGUCUAUGCGUAAACAUGCUGAGAAGGAACGGCUCCGAGAGGCACAAAGAGCAGCCACACACAUUCCUGCAGCUGGAGAUUCAAAGUCCAUCAUCACCUGCCGGGUGUCCCUUCUGGAUGGUACAGAUGUUAGUGUGGACUUGCCGAAAAAAGCCAAAGGACAAGAGCUGUUUGACCAGAUUAUGUAUCACUUGGACCUGAUUGAAAGUGACUAUUUUGGUCUGAGAUUUAUGGAUUCCGCCCAAGUAGCACAUUGGUUGGAUGGUACAAAAAGCAUCAAAAAACAAGUCAAAAUUGGUUCACCUUAUUGUCUGCAUCUUCGAGUUAAGUUUUAUUCCUCGGAACCAAAUAAUCUUCGUGAAGAAUUAACUCGGUAUUUAUUUGUUCUUCAGUUAAAACAAGAUAUUCUCAGUGGAAAAUUAGAGUGUCCCUUCGAAACAGCAGUGCAGUUGGCAGCUUAUAAUCUUCAAGCUGAACUUGGUGAUUAUGAUCUUGCUGAACAUAGUCCUGAACUUGUCUCUGAGUUCAGGUUUGUGCCUACUCAGACUGAAGAGAUGGAGCUGGCUAUUUUUGAAAAAUGGAAGGAAUACAGAGGACAGACACCAGCACAAGCUGAAACCAAUUAUCUGAAUAAAGCCAAAUGGCUUGAGAUGUAUGGAGUUGAUAUGCAUGUGGUUAAAGCUAGAGAUGGAAAUGACUAUAGUUUGGGACUUACCCCAACAGGAGUCCUCGUUUUUGAAGGAGAGACCAAAAUCGGCUUAUUUUUUUGGCCCAAGAUAACCAGAUUGGAUUUUAAGAAGAAUAAAUUAACAUUGGUGGUUGUAGAAGAUGAUGAUGAGGGCAAAGAACAGGAACACACAUUUGUUUUUAGACUGGAUCAUCCAAAAGCAUGCAAGCAUUUAUGGAAAUGUGCUGUGGAACAUCAUGCCUUCUUCCGCCUCCGAGGACCUGUCCAAAAGAGUUCUCAUCGCUCUGGAUUUAUUCGACUAGGAUCACGGUUCAGAUAUAGUGGGAAAACUGAGUAUCAGACCACAAAAACUAAUAAAGCAAGGAGAUCAACAUCCUUUGAAAGAAGACCAAGCAAACGAUAUUCUCGACGAACUUUACAAAUGAAAGCGAGUACCACAAAACCUGAAGAACUAAGUGUUCACAAUAGUGUUUCAACUCAGAGUACUAACUCCCAACAGGCUUGGGGUGUACAGUCUUCUCCGCCUGUGAUUCCUUCCACAUUUUCUGCUCCGGUGCUGGUAGAGAUAGAGAAUCUUCCACAGAGUUCUGGAACAGACCAACACAACAGGAAAUGCUUGCCUCUGAGUAUUGAUUUGCUCAAUAGUCCAGACUUGUUAAAAACAACUGUUGGUGAUAUAGUUGGGGCAUCAGAUACUGUGGAAACAACCCCAGCACUGGAUGAUAUUAACAAAGCCUCCAGACCAACUGGAUUAGAGGAACCUGAAAUGGAGUGUGAAACAUUGAAAGAUGCCACAGAGAAACUCAAACAGAUUGAGGUGGAGAAUAAUUCUCUGUCAUCCCCACCAUCAAACAUUGAUGUUAACAUCAACAGUCAGGAAGAAGUGGUGAAGUUGACUGAGAAAUGUCUCAAUAAUGCCAUUGAGAGCCCAGGACCAAAUGCCAUAAGGUUUCCUACUGACUUCAAGAGUAACAUUUUAAAGGCUCAAGUAGAAUCUGUGCAGAAGGUUACAAGAGAAGAUAGCUUAAGUCAUAAAAAUGCCAGUGUUCAGGAUACUACCACAAUCAGUGCUGUAUUAAAUGAGAAUAAUGUGCCCCUCUGCCAAGAUUCUCAUGCUGUGCUACAUACCACAGCUGCAGACAAUGGUUCUAUUCUAAAGGAUGCUACAGAUGAAUUGGAUGCCUUACUCCUGUCUCUAACUGAGAAUCUAAUUGACCCCACAGUCACACCUCAGGUGUCCUCAGCAUCCAUGAUCACACCCCGUUGGAUUAUUCCACAGAGCAGUGCCUUUUCAAAUGGGCUUACAGGAUGUGGAUCAUCUUUGGAAGGGACAGAGGGACAUGGUAAUAAAGACAGAAUCUCCAUGAUCUCUACCCCAGCACCAUUCUUGGUAGACGCUGUAACCAGCUCUGCUCCAAGUUUGGCAAGAGACCCUGUUUUGAAGCAGAAGUGUUUACUGACCACUGAGCUCUAAGGGGCUGCCUUUCCCCCAACACUUGUAACUGGAAUGCUCAGCACUCUCCAGCAGCCGUCCUGGAAUCCUUUUGAGCUGGAAUGUGUUGGACUCUAGAGCUUGUCCUGUACGUGCUCUACCUGGAUUUGACUUUAGCUCCAUUUUAAAAAAGAAACUAAAAUUUCCGUCCAACUGGAAGUUUAAGCACACUACAAUCUGCUCAACUGAGGGUAUCUGGUCUUUUACUUUAUUAUUAGAGUCUUCAAAUUCCUGAAUCAGGGCAGUUCCCUGCUGUUUCCUCCAAGCUCUUGGCUCCACCUAGCGGUUAUGUGUUCGUAGUGACUUCACAGCAAGGCAACUCGGGUUAGCUACAUCCCUUUGAUUACUAUGUGUUCCUGAUCUGAAUGCCUAAGAAAUGGCACUUUCCCAUACAUUAUCUGGGAAUAAUCAGGAAGGUGUGGUAGAUAGUAUGUUGGUAGAUUUGGGGCAGC